CUUUCGUAAACAAAACCACGUGACGAUCUCUCGCACGUGACUUACUUUUCAUUUGGUCAUGCCGAAAUUUUGCAAGAUUUUUAGGAUCAUUUUCGUGGUUCAUCUGUUGACAGAUGUGUCGCUGACAAUUCGAUAUGACCCGAAUUGGAACUCUCUUGAUUCCCGCCCCCUGCCGGAUUGGUAUGACGAUGCAAAACUCGGAAUCUUCAUACACUGGGGAGUUUUCUCGGUUCCAAGCUUUUCCUCGGAGUGGUUUUGGUAUGACUGGAAGCAAAGGGGACUGCCUGGCAUUAUUGACUUUAUGCAGAAGAACUACCCCCCAGAUUUCACAUACCCAGACUUUGCGCCUGAGUUUAAAGCAGAGUUUUACAGCCCAAUAGAGUGGGCUAGUCUUUUCAAACAGGCAGGAGCCAAGUAUGUUGUUCUGACUAGCAAACAUCAUGAAGGAUUCACUAACUGGCCAUCCAAAUACUCCUUUAACUGGAAUGCCAAUGACACUGGACCAAACAGAGAUCUUGUUGGGGACUUGGCAGAUGCUGUUAGGGAUUACUCUCUAAAGUUUGGACUCUAUCACUCCAUGUUUGAGUGGUUUAAUCCAUUGUACAAAAGUGAUGCAGCAAAUGGCUUCAAAACCCAGAACUUUGUCAAGUCCAAGACCAUGCCGGAGCUGUACGAGAUUGUUCAGAAAUACAAGCCAGAGGUGGUGUGGUCAGACGGGGAUGGGGACGCCCCUGCCGAGUAUUGGACAUCCCAGGAGUUCCUCGCCUGGCUCUAUAAUGACAGUCCUGUGAAGGACACAGUGGUGGUCAAUGACAGAUGGGGGAAGAACAUCUCUUGUCAUCACGGAGGAUUCUUUACCUGUGCUGACAGGUACAAUCCAGGUAAGCUUCAAACACAUAAAUGGGAAAAUGCCAUGACAAUAGAUCAUUAUUCAUGGGGAUACCGCAGAAAUGCCCCUCUGAGUAAUUACCUGACGAUUGAGGAACUGCUGAAGACAUUCAUCACCACUGUCAGCUGUGGAGGAAACAUGUUGAUGAAUGUGGGGCCAACAAGUUACGGCAGAAUAGUGCCGAUUAUGGAAGAGAGGCUGAAACAAAUGGGGGAGUGGCUGGGUGUGAAUGGGGAGGCUAUCUAUGGAACGAGACCGUGGUCCCAUCAAAAUGACACUGUCACUAAGGAUGUAUGGUACACAAAAAAGAAAUCUGCCACAGGAUACACAGUAUAUGCCAUUCUCCUACAGUGGCCAAAAGCAGGAACUCUUACCCUUGGGGCACCCCAAACAACAACAGCCACAGUAGUAUCACUGCUUGGUUAUCAAGGGAACUUCAACUGGAGCAAGGGGCCCAUAGGGGGGAUUGAAAUUAAGUUUCCCCUUAUUGGUUGGAAUAUGAUGCCAUGUAAAUGGGCCUGGGUAUUAAAGCUAGAUGGAAUAAGCAAUUGACUCAUCUAAGUGAUGAUUGAUGACAGCCAGGGUGGUUUUUAUCCUUGCUGGUAUUUUUUUAUUGCUUUUUUCAAUUUAUUUUACAUUUAAAUACUAUAAGCUGUCCCAAGAUAUCCUCAAUUCAUGUUUUGCUUAAUUACUUGAUAUUUGUAAAUGCCUCAAGGUGCAAAAAGAUGUUCAAUCAAAAGUAUGAAAAAUUUCUGAGAUUUCUCCUUUGAAACGCUCUCUCUAGCUUAACAGGUUUCAAUACAUAGCUAAAAAAUAUAUGUCUACAGGGAUUUUGUAUUGCAACAGAUCGGAUGAUAAUCUUGAAAAAUUGUGCUAGGUAUUCCAAGGAUUCUGAAUUAAGAGAAGAUGUUAACAUUCCCCAUUAUAAACCUCCACACGAAAUCAGUUUUUGUUCCUGCCAAUUUUUUUCGAGAGAAAAAUGAUAAUGUUCCCUUCUCAUCUAUUUCACUUGCACUUCUUUCACAAGUAUGUGUAUUUUUUAUUCAGAAUCCUCCAAAUGUGCUGCAUAAAUAUCUUGGGACAAACUAUAGUACAAUUAUUCUUGUUUAUUAGAAUUAAGAGAUACGAUAUACAUUGUAAAUGCAAUAAAUAAGAGUUGCAAAGAAUUCUUAUAUUUUGUGAUAAACAGCCAUUUUUAUAGAGAUAGAUUUUUGUACAAGUUUUUAAUACUUUCUUGAAAAUAGCACUAGGCCUUUAUAAGGUUAGAGUUGAAGUGAAAACCAUUCCAUAUUAUGCAUUUAUUUUAUUACGGGGUAUGUACAUGUAAGCAUGUUUGUGAUUUGUGCUGUUGGUUUUCUAUUUUUUGAAAGAUUUGUCUCUUUUGUCUCAUUUUACUCAGUGAACCUAGAUUGAAUGUUAUUUAGUGUUUUUUGUGUGCAUGUACAGUGUGUGACACAUUCAAUUAUUACAUUCCAUGUUUUUCAAGAUUUUUUAUAUGCAAAAAUGACACAAACCUAAUGUUGAAAUUGAACAAAAUAAACAUAAUGUGUAUACUUGUACAUCAUUAUGCAAUGUAAUUUUUUUUUAAGGCCCCAAAAUAUUAGGUCUCGAUCUCUGUAUUGCGUAAUGUGUAUUGCAUUUGACUGUAAUAACUGUCAGAUGACUUGAAAUCCAUCAAGUGUUGUUUGUAAAUGCUCAACUUUUUUUCUUAUACCACAUAGUAGAUAUUUUUUUUACAUAGACAUAUUAUAUGAAUGUCAUUUACGUGUAAGUAAAAUAUUUAAUUCUUGCAAUAGUUGAUUUCCUUUUCAGCAUAUCAGUUAUAAAUAUCUCAUAUAUAAAGCUGAUAUAUAUGCAAUAGUUAUCCAUACUCUACUUUUCUGUCACUGCUUUGACUAAUAAAGAAAAGAAACAAGUA